GUCGAUCCAGUUCCGCUUCCGGCUGCUUCAGCAUUGUAGUGCUCUGGGUCACCAUGGGCAAGUCGGAUUUUCUGAGCCCCAAAGCUAUCGCGAAUAGAAUCAAGUCCAAAGGGCUCCAGAAGCUUCGCUGGUACUGCCAGAUGUGCCAGAAACAGUGCCGUGACGAGAAUGGCUUCAAGUGUCACUGUAUGUCAGAAUCUCAUCAAAGACAGCUGUUGCUGGCGUCAGAAAAUCCUCAGCAGUUCAUGGAUUACUUUUCAGAAGAAUUCCGAAAUGACUUCCUGGAACUUCUGAGGAGACGCUUUGGCACUAAGAGAGUCCACAACAACAUUGUCUACAAUGAAUACAUCAGCCACCGAGAGCACAUCCAUAUGAAUGCCACUCAGUGGGAAACGCUGACCGACUUCACCAAGUGGCUGGGCAGAGAGGGCUUGUGUAAAGUGGAUGAGACACCAAAAGGCUGGUAUAUUCAGUACAUAGACAGAGACCCAGAAACUAUUCGCCGGCAGCUGGAAUUGGAAAAAAAGAAGAAGCAAGAUCUUGACGAUGAAGAAAAAACUGCCAAAUUCAUUGAGGAGCAGGUGAGAAGAGGUCUGGAGGGGAAAGAGCAGGAGACGCCUGUUUUUACAGAGUUAAGCCGAGACAAUGAUGAAGAAAAAGUUACAUUCAAUCUGAAUAAAGGAGCAGGUAGCUCAGCAGGAGCAACAUCGUCCAAGUCAAGCUCUUUGGGACCAAGUGCACUGAAAACCCUUGGGAGUGCAGCAUCAGUGAAACGAAAAGAGUCCCAGAGCUCAGCUCAGCCUGCAAAGAAGAAAAAGAAGUCUGCUCUGGACGAAAUCAUGGAGAUUGAAGAGGAAAAGAAAAGAAAUGCGCGAACAGACUCCUGGCUACAGCCUGGCAUCAUUGUAAAAAUUAUAACCAAGAAACUUGGAGAGAAAUAUCACAAGAAAAAGGGUGUCGUUAAGGAAGUGAUUGACAGAUACACAGCUGUGGUGAAGAUGAUUGACUCUGGAGACAGGCUGAAACUGGACCAGACUCAUUUAGAGACUGUCAUUCCUGCACCAGGGAAGAGAAUUCUAGUUUUAAAUGGUGGCUACAGGGGAAAUGAAGGCACUCUAGAAUCCAUCAAUGAAAAGGCUUUUUCAGCCACGAUAGUCAUUGAAACUGGACCUCUGAAAGGACGCAGAGUUGAAGGUAUUCAGUAUGAGGACAUAUCUAAACUUGCUUGAGCUUGAAAAUUUGUUAACAAUACAUUGAAAUUGUAAAACAUCAAAUUGGUGUUAGUCAAGGUACUAUGUAACUCUACUGUGUUAGGGAAUUCAUUUCAUAUAAAAAAUGGAUCUAUUUAAAUACUACUGGAUAGUUGUUUGGGUAAAUUUAUAAUGAAAUCUAAUGUUUUUUAAAUGUCAAAA